AUUUCUAUACCAGUACAUGGUGAAUAUAUUCACACAUAUGCACAUGCAAAAUUUGCUAAAGAAUGCGGUGUAGCAAAAGCAAUAAUGAUUAAGCCAGGAGAUAUUAUUAAUCUGGAGGAUGGAGAAAAGGUUAAUUCAGUUAAUGUUGAUUAUUUUGGUAUUGAUGGUAGAUUAUUGCGUUACCCAGAGAGUAAUGUUAUAAAAAUGCGUCGCGCGAUGAGAGAUGCUGGCAUCAUUCUAGUUACGGCAGUUGCGAAUAGAAGAAAUGCACUACUUGCUAAACCUAAAGUAUAUGCACCUGGUGUUUUGGAACCGUCAGAAGAUGCAUUUAUCAUACAAAAAAUUAUAGCAAAGGUUGAACAGGCAUUCAAUUUGCGGCAAACAAAAGAGAUUAAAAAUAAGAUAGAAAGUUCCGUACUAAGUGUUUUAAAGGAAUAUUUACUAAAAAAACCUAUAGUCGAAGUUUGCAUAGAAAAGGUAUAAAUGAAAAGAUGUAACUACUUAUUAAUCUUGAUUUUAUUAUCUAUUUCUUGUUUUGCUCAGGAUAUAUUAUAUGUUGAUAUAAGAAAAAAAGAUACCCUAUAUGUUGAUAUAAAGAAAAACAGUACUGACAACAUAAAUCUUGUUGUUUCUGUAAGUCUAUGUAACACAGAUCUGGAAAAUAAAUUAAGUGAAAGAAUGACAAAGGUUAUUAAAAAAAAUCUUUCUCAUUGCGGCUUAUUUAGCGUGAAACAUAAUUCAACAAUUAAUAACGAUGCAUUAGUGACAAUAAAUUUAAGUGAAAUAUCAGACAGAAAGUUAAAGUUAUCAUUUAGCUUGCUUGAUGCUUUUACUACAAAAGAAUUAAUCAGUAAAUCUAUGAUCUUCUCAGAAAAGGAGUGGAGGGAAAUUAGCCAUCUUGUCUCAGAUAUGAUUCACGAUAGACUGACUGGUGAAAAAGGACAUUUCGGCACAAAAAUUACAUAUAUUGCUGAAGAAAAAGAUAACAACUACAAAUCUAUACGUAGAAUAGCUAUUAUGAAUCGAGAUGGAAGUAACAUAAAAUAUUUAACGAAUGGUGAUAAAUUCGUAUCAACACCAAGAUUUUCGCCAAAUGGAAGAGGUAUUGUUUAUGUAUCAUAUAUAAAUGGUGAAAGUUAUAUAACACUGAAAAAUUUAAUAGAUAAUACAGAGUCAGUAGUUAAUGUAUUUGAAGGAGUAAUUUCUGCUCCACGAUUUUCUCCUGAUGGAAAAUCUCUUCUUGUAUCUCAUUCGCUUGAUGGUGUAACAAACAUAUUAUCUUUAGAUUUAAAUAGUAAGCGUACGAGUAAGAUUACUAAAAAUUCAGCUAUUAAUACUUCUCCCUCUCUAUCUCCAGACCAAAAUUACAUGGUUUUCAGUUCUGACAUAAGUGGCA